AUGGUUUGGGUCGCGUAUCUGUGUUCCAGUGCUCUAGCCGCGAGUAUCUUCCACACAUUAGCAAGCGCAAAGCAAGCAGGACCUGCACCUCUGCUGAGGGCCGAGCUGAAUGUCAUCAACGCCGGGAUGACCGAGGAAGGCGAAGUUCUCGCUGUUGAAGGCGAAACAAGUCGAUUGGUGCGCCAUCGACUUGAGGAAAUCAGAGGGCAGCCGCCAAAACUGGGAAGUAUGGAUGCUGCAUUUCGCGCUGUGUGGCCCGAGGCAGCGGCAAAAUUCGUGUCCGGUCUGCACAUGCGCGAAGUAAUCUAA